AUGUGGCCGCGCUGGGCGCUGCUCGUGGGGCUGCUCCGGACCGCGGGCGGGCGGGAUUAUUCAUUGCCUUAUACACCACAGUUUGCACAGUGCAAAGAUCCCAGCACUGAAUUCUAUUUUGAAGAACUUAAUAAAUGCUGCAGCCUGUGCCCUCCAGGUCAAUACAAGACAGAGAGCUGCAGUCACACUGUGGACACCAAGUGCAAGCCCUGCAGACCCAACACCUACACAGCCAUCUGGAAUUGGUCCCCACAGUGCUUUGCCUGCUCACCACCCUGCAGGAAAGGGCUUGUGGAGAAUCAAACAUGCACUCAGUCCCAGGACAGGAUCUGUAGCUGCCCACCCCACAAGUACUGCGUUUCCAAAAUAGAGGAGUACUGCAGAAUGUGCAGAGUGCAUAAAAAAUGUGGCAGAGGGUACCGAGUUUCCAGAAGAGGGACAGACAGCGCAGACACAGAGUGCAAACCUUGUCCUCCUGGCACUUUCUCCCCUGAGGAAUCCUACGACACCAGCUGCACACCCCACACAGUUUGUAAAUCAGUGGCUGUUCCUGGGAACAGCAGGAAUGACACCGUUUGCAGCGACUCAGGAACAGCCACAGUUCUACCUCACACCAUCCUGAACCUGCUCCUGACCCAAAGCUCAGCUCCCCACAGACCUGAAAUAAUAACUCGACCCAUCAUGUUAAACUCUGUGCCUGACCUGUCUCCCACCAUUGGAGCAGUAGCAGGACCAUUGUUACUGGUCGUGAUAAUUGCUAUUCUGGGUUAUUGCUUAGUCUCUAACAAAAAAGCCCCUGUGUUCUCUGCACCAGCUACAGAGGCAGAUUUGCCUUUUCCCCUCACAGAAAAACAGUGUGACAAAAAAGUGAGAGAGACAGGAUUGCAGAACUCCAGCAACUCUGAACAGGAGGAACAGCAUCUCUUGGGAACUUCUGGGUCCAGCAGUGGCAACCUGAAUAAUCCAACUGCAAGAGUCAGCGUAGAAAGUAAAAAAAAUGAUGAAAAGAGAAAACCAGAAGGAUUUCAGCAGCAACAUCCACCUGCAGAAAGUUCUAAACUCCACAGCGGAGACAGACACAGCUCUGCGAGUUCAGAACAUUCUGGUAACGGAGGAACGCAGGUGAAUGUGACUUGUAUUGUCAAAGUCUGUAGCCCAGACUGCAGUUCCCAGUGCCCAGAGCAGAUGGAUUAUGGAAACACUCCCUCUUAUUCCCCAACAGGGGAAGAAACUCCCCUUUCAAAAGAAGAAAAUCCCUCGAAAAGUGAAACUGAAGUUCACAUCUCGGUGGAAAAUGAGGACAAUUUACUUCAAGAGUUACUUCCAGAAGAAAAGAAGGUUCCUCUGGGUAUUCAAGAUGCUGGGAUGAAAACCAGUUAGAGGAAAUUACAGAUCAUACACUGACUGACUGAUAAAAUUAAUCAUUUUCUAAUGUCUUAUAAAACAAAUGUUAUGGCAAAUGUAGCAUUCCUGCAGAGACUUGAAAUCUCAGACAAAUACAGACCCUGAUGCUUUAGAGGUUUUUAAGCUUUGAGAGCUGAAGGAAGAUCUUUGCAGUUUAAAAAUUUGAAUGCUUUUUCUUUUAAAUUGAAUGGCCAAUUCUUCCCUUUCUUCUUUGAUACCCUAGAAAGACCUUUACCAGGUUGGAAAAGGAACAUUUUUCUAAUUGUAUGCCAUUAAUUUUCCACCUGAGACUUCUUGUCAUGAUAAUUUGGGUUCAGGUGUCCAGAACAUUCCUGUGACCAGCACUUCCAAGGGACUGGAGUUAAAUUAUCAUUCAGUCAAUGCUCAGGAAUUAUCCAUUUGAAUUCAAUUUUAAAACUAUUGCAUUCCAUUUCCCAAACCAGAUCUUCAUGGACAUAUUUCCCCUCAUCCUCCUGGAUAUUUCUUUUAUUAUUACAGUUUGCCUUUGCUCAUUAUCAGACCAAAUUUCUCCAGUAUAAGUACACACAGGAUAUCAAGAAGUGAAAUCUUUUACACGAGCUUUUUUUACUAAAUUACAACUAUUAUGUCUAAACAACAGAAUUUCAUUGCCUGUACAUAGUUCAUUUUGUUUUAGAAGAGAAAAAUGAGAUUGAACAGUUGUUUUGGAGUAGAAGUAAGUUCCUUUUACUGACAGCUCUAGAGUGUGUCACCUUGUGUCCUGGCUGAUGUAACAUGUUCCCUGAUCGAUUCUGACCUCAUUGUUGAGCUUAACCAUAAACCCAAAAUAUUUUCCCUGUGUUCCAGUGAAUAUUAGAGCAGAUCCAUGUGAUUAUCUUUCCAAACAUCUCCUGCCUGCUGCCCUCAGGAAAAGGCCUCUCAAAGAUGGCACAGCAUCAUCUGUGAUAAAUGGCAUUGACUCAAACCUCAGAACCUGAAAAUCCUGUUCCACUUCACUGCCUGCUGACGCUGAAGCUCCAACCACCUCUGGCAGAAAACUACUGGGGCUUCUUCUUGAAUCAGGUCUUGGGGUUUGGAAGCCAGUCUUUAGGAACCCACUUCCCAUAAUUAUAUUUUACAGCCUGUGACUUAACUGACAAUUGUGGUGGCUGUGUUCAACCAGGAUGUGCAGCCCAGUGUCUGAGUCACACCACAGCGAAGUCAUCCAGUGGGCACAAAUCUUAUCUUUUAUGCCAUAAACCCACUGCUGGACUGGAGGAUCCCUGUGCUUCCAACUGAACUGUCUUAUUCUACCUCAGAAAUUAAACACAGUGGUUAUUUCUGAGGCCUUAGACUGAAAAGGGAUGUCUGGGAAUAUAAUUUUUUCUACUGCUACAGAGGAGAAUUCGGGUUUGGAAAAUACGAAUUUUAAACUUCCACAAAAAUUACAAAUUUUAAACUCCCACUAAAGCUCUGAGGUUACUCGGUUCUGGAACUGAGAACGCACAAACAGGUCUAUAGUUCUGCUAUGAGAAAACCUUUUACAACUUUUACAGCUGUAUCUUAAACUUGCACUUGAAGGUAAUUUUCAGGGAAGACUUUCAAAAUGGGCACGCUCAAAUUAUUAACAAAACUGAAGGAUUUAGGCAAGAAAAUAAACUUAUUUUAUCCAGCACUUUGAACCUCUUGCACUGUGGUAUUUUCAGCACAAUUUUUUGUUGGCUCCCAAUAUUGGGGCCACGUUGAAGCACCAGAGGAAGAUUUUUGUUUUAAAAACAUUAAAAAGGAGGAUCCUGUUACAGCGGUUAAUUUACAGGGUUUCCAAAUUAAGGAGCUGCUUGACAGAAGGAAAAUUAUGCUUAAGUGGGGAAAAAUGAGCUUGAAUUUGCUUAUAAAAUGUAAAAAGACUCCAAAUGCAAAACUAUGAAUUUUUAUACAUAUGUGUAUUUUCAAGUUUUCUGAGCUCUUUAUU